CCAACCCUAUUGCACUUGCACAUUCUCUUUUAUCAUUUGACAUAGUGAAAGUGUUGUGUUCAAAAUCUAAUGGCACUUGUUGUUGGUAGUAGUACUAUAUGCAAACCCCAAAUUGGAUUCCUUCAUCUGUCUGGGAAUUUGAAGAAACAAUCCGUAUCGGAAAUCUCAUUUCCAACUCUUUCACUUUCAAUUUCUACUACCUCCACUCGCUAUGCACCUUCUCCAUCGUUUUGCUCCACCUCCUCUGAAUCUUCUGUCGAAUGUAAUAUGCCUUCUUCAACCAAAAUCUUCAUCAAAGGGCUUCCUCUUUCAACCACUGAAUUGCAUUUAACUAAAGUGUUUUCAAUGUUCGGUGAAGUUACUCAAGUCAAGCUUUUGAUAGAUAAAAAAACUGGGCAGUCUCUAGGAUUUGCAUAUAUUUGGUUUGUCGAGGAAGAUUCUGCACAAUCAGCUGCAAAAGAGAUGAAUGGAAAGUUGUUUUAUGGCAGGUUUAUUUAUGUUACAAUUGCAAAGCCUGGAUCAUCAAAAAGUUUGAAGAGAAAAGCCUACAAAUUUUAAUUGACAUGGACUCUGUCUCUAUGAACCACUCUAGUAACUAGUAAGCAUGCAAUACAUGUAAAAUGCAGCUUAAUUAUGAAUUUUAGCAUUCUGCCUAGGGGGUUCGUUUUGGUAAAUGAUAGUUUUGUAUGCACUAACAAUAACAAUAAUAAUACUAAUAUGCUACCUUUUGAUCUAAAAGUGGCAAUCACUGACGGUGACAAGUGAUAAUAUGCAAUGCAAACAGUAUUAGAUGAUUUGUGAUCUAUAUUGAGCAGUGUAUACUCUGAAAUCCGUUUGAAACUUCACCUUUCCUCCUUCUGUCUUUUAUAACCACUGUUGACUCUGUCUGUCUCAAUGUGGUUACUAUAACUGUCUAGUUUGUUAAGCCCUUGAAACCUAAGGGUGCUGAUUUGUGCCAAUAUAGGGGAUUUGUGUUAGAAAUACAUUAAAAAAUUUCUAAUAUUUCAGCUGAAAAAUAUAACAAUCUAGAAGCAAACUAGAAUGUGUAGCUUACUAGCUUUUGUUAAAUAUUUUAUAGGAAGAGCGCAGACAAAAAGCUCUAUGAAUAAGACUAUGAUUGCUUAGAUAAAUCGGAAAGUUUUAUCUUAUUUGACUAGCUUAUAACUUAUAAGUAUGUUUAGAUGUAUUUGAUAUCAGAGUUUAUCUGAGUUGCUUGUAACAUUUCUUGAUAAGAUACUUCAAGUAGCUUUGAAACUUAUGACUUACCACUAGAGUGAAGAUUCAUUCUAGUCCUUAAAAAACUGAGACUCGGUUUGGUUCCUCACAAUAAAAAAUACAACUUUUAGUCCCUCACAACCGAGACACUUUAGUCCCUAACAAAACCUCCAUAACAAAUUUUGAUUCUUUUUGCUGAUAUGUAAUGUUUUCAUUCACGCUGUUAGUCCAGCAUGUCACAAUGUUGCCUACAUGUGAUGUGAUCAAAUUAAUGGACACUAUGGUCUUUGAUAAUAAUUGAAAAGAGACAUUUAGUUCUUAUACAUGAUUUCUAAAACAAGUCCUUAUACAUGAUUGGAAACACAGGCUCUGAUGGUGCCUUCAUUAUCAAGACAGCUUUCAAAGCCAUUAGGAUUUCUCAACACGAAGUUAGUUGAUUACCCCCACAACAACCUAUGAAGAGAUUUAGAAUUGGCAGGUUCCGAAAAUAUACAAGUAUCACUUGUGGAAAGUUAUAAAAGACAAGAUUCUCACAAAUGAUACUAGACAUAAUAGAGGUAUGUCCGCUACUAAUGUGUGUCCUAAAUGUCGUCAUAAGUAUUUCAAAACAACCAUGCAAUUGUUGCGGGACUACGAGGAAAUAAAGGAGUUUUGGAAUAAUCUUAUUGAUGAAGAGGAGUGCAACACUUUUUAUAGUAGAGGUUUGCAUAACUGGAUGCUGUUCAACUUAUCUUCUACCUAGUGUAGUGAAAACAAGGUUAUGUGGCAUUUAAUUUUUGGUAUAGCUCUUCAUAUUAUUUGGAAAGCAAGGAACAUGUUGCUUUCUCUUAUCAACAAUCUGAUUUCAGGAACAUGUGGUUCAACGUUGCAUAUAUUCCAUGCAGAUUUUUAAUCUUCUUC